GCUUUUUUCAUUUUUUUUUCGUCUUCAAGCCUCUUCCUUUGUGUGUGCGUGUGUCUGCAAACCUAUAUCAUCAAUAUUACUGUCCUUCUUCUACUAUUGACACCAUAGCGUUAUGAUACUUAUUUAUUCAGCCAUAUUGGUAUUUGCUGCAACCCAAGUUAUAGGCGAGCAAUUUCGUUCGGAACGUGCUUUAGCAGCACAGUUUCAGCCAACUUUUCCAUCACUUGAAGAACCUAAAGGCGUAACCAAAGCAUACAAUCCAGGACCAUAUACUAUUAGUAGGUUUUUAUCGCACGAACCUUUACGAGGUUUCCCUGUAACCUGGAACCAACCAGACCCUUUGAAUGUGGAGGUUCAGGCUAUAUACAAUAAAAUCGAUUGGAGUAAAGUCCCUAGUGCCCCUGUUAGGCAGCAAUAUCCAAAUGGAACCUGGGUCUCGAUUUCUGACGGUCCAACCGAUCCUUAUUGUUGGUGGUCGUCCACAAAUUGUGUUUCUCCCAAAUCAGAGUACAUCCCGAACGAUAUAUACACUUGUCAACAUGAUGGUGAUUGGGGUCUUACUUAUGAUGACGGUCCUCUCAACGUACGUCCUGACGCGAAAGCCGUAACUGAAAAUGCAUACGCAGAACCUGCAUUAUACAAUUUCUUGGCCAAACAUAAUGCUCAUGCGACUUUAUUUUUCGUUGGCUCAAAUGUUGCUUCCUAUCCUGCUGCCGCAAAACUUGCUUUAAAUGAUGGACACCAACUAUGUGUACAUAGCUGGUCUCAUGUACCUUUAACUACAUUGUCAAAUGCUCAAAUUGUUGCAGAAUUGUAUUGGACACUGAAAGCAAUUAAAGCAGCAACUGGCGUCACUUCAAAGUGUUUUCGGCCACCUCAAGGAGAUAUUGAUGACCGUGUCAGAGCAAUUGCUUGGCAAAUGGGUAUGCGAACAAUUCUGUGGGAUAGAGAUACAAAAGAUUGGGCUAUGUCAGCACCGGGUUCUGGUGCACUUUCCACAAAAGCAGUAGACGGUUUCUUUGAACAAUGGAUCACUGACUAUAAAAGUGGAAGAGAUACUGCAGGACAUAUAGUUUUGGAACAUGAGCUGACCAGUCGAACGGUGGAAAUGUCUAUGUAUUGGCUACCUAAAAUAAAGAAAGUAUUCAAUGUAGUACCUGCCUUAUCCUGCGCUGGAGUAAGUCAACCUUAUUGGGAGGAGGAUUUUGUUUAUCCCACUGUGGCAUCCAAGAAAGUCCACUCAUCAGCAAUAUCAAAAGAACUAAAAGCAAGUAAAGCAUCCAAAGUUCAGAUGCAUAGGCCGAAUUCAAAAGGCAGAAAGAAAGUAGAACGCAAACGCAGUACAAUGAGCCCUGUUUAA